AUGACGCCUCCGUCGGCGCGGGACCCGAGUCCUAACGCUACCUUCAAGUUUCCCGCUUUCCAGCCCGAUUUACUGCCGACGCCGGAGGAAGACCACAUAUACGGCCACACUUCGUCGCGGUCUGCCAGUCCCAGUCAUGCAGCCCAGACGAACGGCAGUGCGAUACCAGGAGAUAGGUGGCAUCCGCGCAAAGAGGCUAGGCUUGGGGGCAUGAACGUCUCGGCAUCAGGCUCUUCGAACAGACAUGGACGACAGAAGAGCCUCUCAGAGGCCUUCAGGACGAUACGGACGCGAAAGGGCAGUGUGAGCCAAAACGCGCAUGAACUAGCAGAUGCGCUCAAGGCGCCACUAUCGCCAAAGCUCAUUGUGCUCUGUGGUGUGUGGUACAUGACCUCCAUCUUCACCAACAUGUCUUCCAAGGCCAUCCUGACUGCCCUACCGAAGCCCAUCACCCUUACGACCGUGCAAUUUGCCUUUGUAUCUGGCUGGUGCUUGAUACUCGCCAUGUUCGCUAGAAGAUACCCACGAUUAAAGCAGACGAUGCCUUUUCUGAAGUACGGCAUACGCACCCCGUCUAAGGAGCUGAUCAUGGCUACGCUGCCUUUGACUUGCUUCCAGAUUGGAGGACACAUUCUGAGUGCCGACGCUACCUCGAGGAUACCCGUGUCGUUGGUACACACCAUCAAGGGACUUUCGCCCCUCCUGACGGUCAUGGCAUACAGCAUCUUUUUCAAGAUCCAAUACUCGCUACCCACCUACCUCUCCCUCAUACCACUUACCUUGGGAGUCAUACUAGCAUGUUCGGCGGAUUUCAACGCGAACCUGAUUGGCCUAAUGUCCGCAUUCGCCAGCGCCAUCCUCUUCGUGGUCCAGAACAUUGUCUCCAAACAGAUCUUCAACGACGCUGCAGCCGCUGAGAAAGACGGUCUCCCACCCAACAAAUUCUCCAAGCCGGAUAAACUGAACCUCCUCUGCUAUUCCUCUGGUCUGGCCUUCCUCUUUACACUUCCACUUUGGCUUUGGUCCGAAGGAUUUACCCUCAUCUUUGACUUCUUACACGACGCUUCCAUCGAGCUAUCAGACCACCCUGAGGCCUUGGAUCAUGGGCGCUUGCUACUUGAAUUUCUAUUCAACGGCACCUUCCAUUUUGGGCAAAACAUUGUAGCCUUUGUCCUGCUAUCUAUGGUGUCACCAGUUACUUACUCCGUUGCCAGCUUGAUCAAGCGCGUCUUCGUCAUUGUAUUCGCCGUGGUCUGGCUCGGCAAACCUAUGACAAAAGUGCAAGCUUUUGGUUUCGUACUCACAUUCGUGGGUCUAUAUCUCUACGACCGCACGCACGACGCCGCCAAAGCAGAUAAACGCGCAAAGGCCCUACAGUCCAAGAACAGCGGCUCACUGCUUCCAUUAGCCACGGACGUCAAGUCACGACCAGUCUUCACUGCCAGUCCAUCAUCUAUGCCGGAUACAGGAGCGUAUCCGAUGCCUGGCAUUCACGAAUCACGAGAAGGGAAGAGACAUGAUGGUUCAGGCAGUUCGAAUUAUCGCAGGACAUCUGAGCAGGGCUCGCAUUACCUGCCUCCUGGGACCAAGGCGGAGGAUACUUGGCGGCCUAAUGACAUGAAUGGUAGAAGAGGUAUUGGCGUUUUAUGA